AUGAAAGAUAAAAAACCCCUAAACACUUUUACCAUCAAGCGGAACUUGCGCAAGGUAUAUAGCCCGAGGCUAUUCAUUUUGGUGGCUUGUCUUGUGGGACUUUACUUCUUUGUAGGAACGACCCAUAUUUCCUUUGGAUCUUCCAAACCAAUUGCGCCAAUUGACACUGAUGAUGGCACAAUCAAAUAUGCUGCCAAUUUGUUGGAAGAAGUUCGCUCCAAAAUCAAUGCCAAUGGUAACGAAGUGCCCCAAGAUAUGAAAAUUCCUUUUUCCUGGAAGCAAUUUUUGUCUCUCGAUAAAGAAAUCGAAGCUAAAAAAAAGUUUUAUGCUGAGUUGAAUUGUGUAAAGUUGGCUGGCCUUAUCGGGAAACCUACUAAUACUCCUUUCAAUUGUGUUGAAGAUCCCACAGACAGAGAAGUUCCUAUUGUGGUGAAACAGAACAUUCUUCUCUACUUGUACCCCGAGUUCAGAACGGUUAUGAAGACAAUACAUAUGUCCAAAACCUACACCAAUCCCGAUAGUGUUGUUUUGUUGACCAAGGACAGUUCCUAUAAGUUUCCCGUUGACCCUAAUCCGCAGAAAAUUAAGCUGAAAGGUGCUUCCAUCGAAAACGUCGUCAGUCUGCUUCAAGGUUUGGUUGCGAAAAAUUCCAAAAAAUCGGCUGAGGACCUGUUUCCUUCUGACGAAGCGUUUCAAGUUUUGGACCCCAAAUACUCGCAGUUUGCUUCCAAGUACAUUGACGAGAAGCAGUUUGACUUUGAAGAGACAUUGCAACUUUUUCCUGCGAACUCAAAGAUAGCCAAGAUUCAUGCUGCUACUGAAAAAUUGGGCAAUGACAUUCCAAAAUACUUUACAGAAGCAUAUACGAUGGACGUUCCCAUGGCUAGUCACAUGGAUUGGCGUUUUUUCGACUCGAAAAAGGCCCUUGAUUUCAAUGUCAAGUCGGAAAUCUUGCACCGGUUGAUGAGAGCAUGGCUACAUUUCACCACCAAAAUCGCCCACAUUGACACCUGGGUUUCACACGGUUCAUUGAUCGGGUGGUACUGGAACGGAUUGCACUUACCAUACGACAGUGAUAUCGACAUGCAAAUUUCUGUUGGUGGAUUGUUGAAGUUGAUUCAAGGCUACAACAACACCGUUAUUUUGGAUUACACUGAUGCAGACAGUGGAGUAUACAACAGUUUCUACUUGGACAUUGGACCAUACUUUGGUGCUCGUGGUAGAGGAAACAGCAAGAAUUUAAUCGAUGCCAGAUUUAUUGAUAUUAAUACUGGUAUCUUGAUUGACAUAACUGCGGUUUCUUCGAUGCUGGUAACUGAGGCUGAAAAAUUAAAGGCCAAAGAAGGAGAAUUGAGUCCUUUUGAAAAGCAAGAAUUACUCAAGGCUCUGGCUGAAGGUGAACAGGUGAUCUACGACAAAAAUUACCACUUCUAUAGAUUGGGACAAAUCAAUCCAUUGGUUCCUACCAAACUUGAAAACGAAGUGGCUUAUGUCCCCAACAACUUUGAGGUGUUGUUGAAGAGCGAGUACCCUGAGAUGGACAAAUCCUACGUCAAGGGGUUCAAGUAUAGAAAAAAUCUUCGACUCUGGGUUGGAACCGACGAGUCCAGUGGGUGCAAAGUGGAAAAUGUCAUUAUUGACACUGUGCUUGAAGACGACCAGAAAUGUGUAGAAACAAACAAGUUGGUGUCCAAGAGGUUCCAUGCCACCGAAGCAGCCACGAAACGUCAUCAAUUGCAAUUAAAAGACUUGAGAGCUGCCACUGAUUUUAAGGACUAUAUGUUGACCAGUAAGCCUAAUGAGAGAAGAGUUUUGUUGUACUAA